AUGGCGUCCAGCCGGGUGCUGGAGAGGGAGGUCCAGGAGGAGCCGAGGCGCGCUGCGACCGCAAACCUCGACUUCUGCCCCCACAAAUACUCCUUGCUCAUCAUUAUAGGACGGACGGCACACCUCACACAGACCGGACACAUCAGCGCGGAUAUUGUACGAGGUAUUCAGUCAUGGGACGUGGACAUAAAAUCCUGUAACCUAAACCUCUAUCUCCAAGAAUUUCUUUCCCAUCACACGGCAGCAUUCAAGGGUGCAGGGCAGAAGUGUCUGCGCCACAGUACCAAAGUGUUGGACACUCAGGUGCUGAUCAGUCCAUCUCAGGAACAGGUUCACUCUGAGGUGUUUGCUCUGCUGUCCAGGGAGUCGGCUCAUAAGCUUUUGAUCUUGGCUGGCCAGAGCGUGGAAGAAAGUGGAGAUCUUCUGUUUCACCGAGGACUGUUCUCACCAAACCAUCUGAAACAAAUACUAAAGGAGCAGUUCAUAGAUCAAGAAAGAGCUGCCGCCUCGAAGUUCGGCCUGACUCUCAGCUGUCCCAACAUCGGCCAGUGGAGGAAGACUCUCUUGGGAAACCAACCUCUGCAGGGUCCUUUUACGCUCCACAUCAAUCCCCCAGAGGUACUGCCUGCCAUGGAGGCCCUGGGGGAAUUCACCUCCCUCAUCUCUGGCACCCUUUGCCCACAAUCUCCCUUCGAGCUCCUGCCUCCUCCUACCACCGUAGGUUUCCUCAAACUCUCCCGGCCCUGCUGCUACGUGUUCCCUGCCGGCCGAGGUGACUGUGCCUUCUUCGCCGUUAAUGGGUUCACGAUGCUGAUGGAUGGUGGUUCGGAAAGUCAGGCGUGUUUCUGGAAGCUGGUCCGCCACCUCGACCGAGUGGAUGCAAUUUUGUUGACACACAUUGGGACAGAGAACCUCCUUGGGGUCAACACCUUCUUGGAGAGGAAGGUGGCUGAGUUGGAGUUGGUGUCUGAUGUCAAAGAUGACUCAUCUAAGAGGCUGAUCUCUCCAGAGCUUGGAGUUGUGUUCUUUAAUGCCCCCAGCAGGUUGCAGGGGGAACAGCAACCCUGUGCGGAUACUGUACUGAAGAGCACACAGCAGGCGGCGCUAACCCUACAGUUGUUAAAGAAGUUAGACAUCAGACCACAGCCAUUGUUUCGACCACAAGGAGCCCCCAUUGAGCCUCUAACCCUGUUCCAAAAGAUGGGAGUGGGACAGUUGGAUUUAUACAUCCUCAACCCCGGCAAAAACACCCUCACCUCAGUGGCUGCAUUGCUCGUUUGGCACCCAGCGUGCCCCCAGGAGAAGGUGGUCAGGGUACUGUUCCCUGGUGUUACCCCACAGGCGAAACUGCUGCAGGGGCUUGAGAAGCUGAAGAGCCUGGCCUUCCUCCAGAAACCCACUGUGACCACUGGGGAUCUAGAGAAGCUGGGGGAAGAUAGAAAGGCGAAAAGGACAGAGAGCCUGGACAGUAGCAGGUCACUAGGGAAAGAGGCAACAGCCAAACAAGGAAAAGAACGAGGAGUUAGAGAAGAGGGAAAGGAGGUACUGGUGAAAGAAAAGGGAAAAGUUUUCAAUGGAAUUGAUUCAAGAGAUGUUGAUAAAACCAAAAUCAAAGAGACAGGCGUGAAGCAAAAAGCAGCAUUGUCAGAGAAGAAUACUUUAAAGAAAGGGAGUGGCAAGGAUGAAAAAAAGGAGGGGAAGACUAGCAACAGAGAGGAUAAUGGUGUUAUGAGAAAUGAUAUGGGGAAAAAGGAUCCUCUCCCUUCCAAACCAAAGAAUGAAAAUAAAACUAAACUCAAAAAGGAAGCAAAAAAUGACUCUAAAACAGGGACGAAGAAAAUAAGGAAACCAUCUGGAAAGGAGGCAAAUGAUGGCAUGAAGGCACAUGUGAAAACAGAAUCACCAAAUAACUCAGCAAAACCAGAUGCUGGCACUGCGUUAGAAAUCCCAGAACCAGAGGACCUUGACAGGGGAAAGCAGAAUCAAAACCCCUGUGGUUCCAAAACGUCUACCCCUGAAGAUAUGACAGCUGAUUUUCUCAGGCUGCAGGAGGAAACAGAAAGAGAAAAGACACAGGUGGAAACAGCAGAUAAAGAAAAGCAGAAAAGCAGUGAGUUAGGAAAUGAAGAAAGCCUGGAAGGUUUGAGCAAAGAAAGAAGUAAUGAGGCUGCUGAUACAGUAGCUAAUGAAGCAGCAGGUGGUGCAGAGAUAACUGGAGGGGAGAGUGGUGAUAAUGGAAUGCAAGAGAGUGUCCAAAGUGGAGAGGAAGCUGUAAAUACUACCAAACCAGCAAAGGUUGUAGGCUUUCCAUCUCCUUUGAACAAGGCACCAAAGAAUGAGGACACUGUCCAGCUGGACUUGACCCCAACUGAAUAUACUCUCCUGGACGGGGCUUUGAGAAGCAGCCCUCCUUCACGAUCAUCUCCAGAGAACCAGGCCCCUGUCAGCCUUGAGGAGGAGACUGUGGAGCCUGCCUCCCCUGAUUCACGGCCCAACAGUGCAGGCCAUACUCCCUAUUGUCUCUCCCCGGAUGAUGUGUGGUGCAACAGGGCCACACUUAACAGGUUACAGGCCCAGAUGGGUAACUUUGAGUCAACUGAUGUCACCCAGACAAAUGAAUCAUCCAUGCAAAGUGAGGGGCAGCAAAGUCAGCCCAAAAGUACUCAAGAGAGCCACUCAAACUCAAGAGAGAAGCACAUAAGUUUCCUCUCUCUGGGUUCAUUAAAAGAAGGAGCCUCUGACCCCUCUCCCUCAGUUGCAACCACCACCACUACCCACUCAAUGCCCGCAGAGGUGAGCUCGCCUCAGUCCACAGAAGUAGAUGAAUCACUAUCCAUGUCCUUUGAGCAGGGACCCACCACUGUGAGUCAGAGAGAGGCUGAUGACACUAUUCAUCACUCCACUAAUGGAAGCCAUUUUGUGGGGAUGUCUUUACCAAUGAAGAAGCCUCCUAGAUCUGGGUCAGCUCACGAUGUGGACCUAUGUCUGGUUUCCCCCUGUGAGUUUAAGCAUUUCAAAGUGCCCGACUGCAGUUUGGGUGCCAGCGAGCUCUCCAGAGGCGCCUUCAGUGUUCAGAAUCAUGGCAACAACAACAACAACCCCAAGGACCUUUCACCCAGUGAAUCAAACGCCCCUGUCUGCACGGAGGACUGCCCGUCCACCACAGCAGAUGGAGCUCUGGACUCGGAUGAUGAUGAGUCAUGUAGUGAGCCGACUAACUCCCCUCACGACCUCCGUGUCAAUCAGACUCUGCCCCCGGACCCUCUUCCAGCACCCCUCAGGGACAGCCCGCCCAUGCCUCCACAUCCUGACACUUCCAUGCCUGUUCCUCAAUCUGACUCCGACUCUCAUGGAAAGAAAGCAAAAGCCACUGGCAUGCGUGGGAAGAAAACACCAGGGCUGACUCGCAAGGUUACUGAGGGCUCCCAAAGAGCCAGUUCAGGGAAAACCAGGACAGGAAGCCAAAGUGGAGUCACAAAGGCAACCAAGGAUAAUGUUGCAUCUACACGUAUGCAUUCCUCCAGCACCCGCUCAGCACCAGCAAAAUCCUCACCCAAUACAGGCUCGAGGUCUACUUCCACUGGAGAAGUCAAUGUGUUUGUGGACCUGGCCUAUAUUCCUUCUGGAGCCUCUUCUCCAACGGUCAGUGUGGACUUCUUCAGAUGUGUUCGAUCCUCCUGUUACAUCAUCAGUGGUGACAGUCCAGAGAGGGAGGAGCUCAUGAGGCAUACGCUGGAUGCACUACUGGAUGGGAAGAUAUCCUGGCCUGACCCUAUGCAGGUGACAGUGAUUCCUACCUUUGAGUCAGUGCCGAUGCAGGAAUGGUACCAGCAGACCCUGGACAGACAGAAAGAGCUGGGCAUCACUGUCCUGGGAUCCAACAGCACUGUCGCCAUGCAGGACGAGACCUUUCCCGCCUGCAAGAUAGAGUUCUAAAGGCCAAGGAGAUGAGGAGUCUAAUCCUAGGAGAUG